GCAUUGUGGGGAUGGUAGUUCCUCCCGCCCCAAGCGAGCGAAGAUGUCCGAGGUGCGGUUGCCCCCAAUUCGGGUGCUGGAUGACUUCCUUCUGGGCUCCGCUCGCUUGGCUGCCCCCGAUUUGCGGGACCUGCAGCGCUGGCACAAUCGCGUGAUUAACAACCUCCUGUACUACCAGAGCAAUUACCUGCUGCUGCUGGGCGCGGGGCUGCUGCUGGGCGGGUACUUCCAACCCAUGCUGAUUCUGCUAAGCUGCCUACUCAUAUGUCUGCUGUUUGGAGGUUUUGUCUGGGCAGCCGAGAACAAGCCCCCCGUGCGACGCUUCCGGCGGAAUUAUCCCGGCACGUGUUUCUUUGCCAUCCUUGGCGCUGCAUAUUUCCUGGUGUCCCUUUUCGAAGGCUCUGCCACCUUCUUGAUUUUCAUCGCUCUGCCCAUAAUGUUGAGCCUCAUCCAUGCCUCCCUGCGUCUGCGGAGCCUUAAAAACAAAAUCGAGAACAAAAUCGAGAACAUUGGACUCAAGCGCACACCGAUGGGGCUGCUCCUGGAAGCUGUGGGCCAAGAACAAGAGGCUGGAUCCUAGACCAUCGGUGUUGGUUUCCCUUUCCUCUGGAACUGCUCUCUUUCCUUCCAACAGACACCUGUGUGCUUAUUGUUCUGCUUGCCUGAAUCUAGCAAACUGGCUGCCAGUUCCUGUGGAAGAUACAGUAGCCUCUAGCUUACAUCAAACUCAGCAGAACUCCUGACCUGCAGCUGGGUAACAGCCAAGAGUGGAAAUGGACUGAAAUCAGCCUAACAUUCCAGUUUAAUGUUAAGUAUUCCCCAUUGGAAUCCAUAUUGUUUUGCUUUGGAAAGGAAGGAAUCACAAAGAAAGAAAACUAUAAUUUAAAAAAAAAAUAAACCUCCCUAGUAAAUUGUUAGUUUAGAAUACAUAGUUGUUGUUUGAGAGAAGGACAAAAAUUGAGAUCAGAACCAAAUGAAAUCAUUGUUGUUCUAACUCAGUUUUCUCCCACAAGGUAUGGUCCAGAUAUGUCGAGACAAUGACAGUUUCCAAAUACUCCAGUUAGCUGGGAAUUUCCUGAAUUGCAGGAGAUGGCUGGAUUAUUAUUGGCGGGCUUUCAAUGUAUUAUUAUUUGCAUAAUGGCACUGCUCUAAGGGCUUCAGAAACAGUAUUAGGACUACUUUGUGUAGCAACCCCAUUACUUAGGCCAGUAUCAUUUACCCCUAUAUUCAGUGGUGGUAUUCAGCCGGUUAUAUCCGGCUCAGGAGAACCGGUAGCAAUGGCUGCAAGAGGCUCCGCCCACCCGCCCGGACGUCAUCGCGUCCCAUUUUUGACGCUCUGUGCAUGCGCUCACAUUUGUGAACUGGUAGCGAAGAUAAGUGAAUACCACUCCUGCCUAUAUUGCACAUAGUGGGCUAAGAUUUUGUAGAGCAGAAUGCUUCAGCCCACCCCCACCCCCAUAUGUUCAUAGCAAAGCUGAGAUUGAAAUGUGGGGGGGAGUUUGGAUGGGUAUUUAUCUUGCUUACUCUUGGACUGCACCCCUCUUCUGAAGAGGUUUUGGGCUCUUGGUGUUCAGAUGGAGGCAGCAAAUAAAGCAACUUGGAUGAGUAGAAUGGAGCAAGCCAAUUUGGAGAAGAUUUAGCUAAACUUUUGAAUCAAUGAUGGAGGCCAAUCAUUUACAAAUCUUAAGAGGAUUCUUUUAUGAAUGCUUUUGAGCAAAAGAGAAGGCUAACUCCCAAGUGCUGGUAAAGGAGAUUAUGAUGAUAAGCAAACCCCCCCCCCACACACAAAAUGGCAUCAAAAGGAACUACGUUUAUUUUAAUCCCUUUGUUAGCAUCUGGAGAUUGUUUAUAUUUGGUAACUUUAAUAAGAUAUCGCAGACUAUACAUUCCACUUCAAAAGUGUGGAGCUGCCCCCACUUUUGAGUAUAUUUAACAAGCAAAAGAACUUUUGUCUCUUUCCAAGACCAAAUUAGGAAACUUCAAAACUGUUGUCCUGGCUCACGAAUGGCAAUAAAGUGCAAUUCAAUUUGUUUACUUUUAGAUUAGAUUAAUAUGCACAGUAUAAUAGGAUAGGAUGCGUUAAGCAUAAUCACAAAUCAUAAGCUGACAAUCUGGCUUUGCAUUAUGUGCGAAUGCAAAACAUUUUAACUUACAACAAUCCUCUCUAUUCAAAUCAUGUGGAAUUCAGAUGGUUCUUGUACAAAACUUAAGAGAAUAGACCAAACCUGGAAUUCUGCAGUUCUAAGUAGCAUACAAUACAGACAAAUGAGGUGUUCCAAUACUGAUCAUAUUCUUUUGAUCAUGCUGUUUUGAAAAUGAUGAGAAGAAGCAAUAAUUAAACACAUAAUUUUGCUUAAAAAGGACUUUCCAUCUAAGCUUUUAUGAUCAUUUAGUAAGAAAGGGGUGCUUCUUCCUGGGGGGUUUUUGGGCCUCUAGAAGGAAAGGCAUAGUCCUUGUUUGCUAAUAGCAGGAUAUAACAAUCAUUAACUCUACUUCUGAUAGAACUUUGACUACUUGGGCUGUUUCCUUCAAGUCUUUUCAGCCUUAAGUAAUCAGCGGGGCUGGCUGGAUAUUUGGGGAGUUGCAUCUGGAACUGCAUGUGGGCAGUUUCAAUUGCCUUUGUACUUGGUAGAAUGUGUAACAUGCCAGAUGUAAUUUUUGUGUCUCAUGACAUCUGCUAGCUAGUUGUGUGUUUUACUUUUCCCAAGCCAGGGUCCUUAAAUAGCUCACUUCAGCUAUCAAAUCUCAUUAGGCUACUGUCUUUUCAUGUAUUUAGAACAAUUCCCAAGUCGCUUGGGUGAGGCUGAAGGGAAAGCACACUUCAAAAUCUGUAAGGUAUGGAUCAUAAACUGACUAUACAAGCGUACAGCAAAAAGUCUUUCUGCAUUUUCAGAACACCUUUGUACCAUAAACUAACCACUUCAGCCGUAUUCAUACAACUCAUUGUGAUAAAAAUGCAGUUGACUAGUGGGUGAAGCCAGUGGAUACUUCUCUUGAAGUGAGUUGCAGACUUUGCUCAGCCUUUCGGUUCCCACUUUAAUAUGGAGGGAAAUUUAAGAGUCGUUAAAUCAGGUAGACAUUACUUUGCUCAAACUGGGGCAGCUGGAAUUGGAAUUCUCAUGACACGGUCAUUAUUUAGGCAGUAUGGAGUAUAAUCAAACCCAACUGGAGGCAUCACAUUGGUUAUCCUAGCAGAGGACUUCCUGGUAUAUGAUUUGCAAUUAUUGAUAUAGCCAUUAAGUUACAGAUGUUCUGUUUAAGACAUAAGUAUCUAUACUGGUCUUCCUGCCUACAUAGUUUUGCAGUAGAUAAGAAACUAUAUGGCACCAUUUUCUACCAAGCUGUCGUGAGGUAUCAUUUAAAAGGGCUUUUUUUCCCCUCUUAAAUCAUGCCUGGAUGAAUCAAUUAAGAUCUGAAGCAAGCCUCUUGCAACCUUACUAGAGGAUGCAAAGCAUGUAUGCCACCGUUUGUAGGUCUGCAUAAUAUACUGGAUGAUUAUGGAGGAGGGGAAAGAAAUGAACAGAUGCUUUAUUCUAAGUGGGAAAUUGCAGUUUGUGUUUUUUUCUGAAAGAUGCUCUUAUCACUCACAAUCCAGUAGAAUUGUGUAACAAGUAUUGAUACAUAAUCACAAUGGUAGCUUAUGAAUGUUCCCUCAUUCUUUAGAGCAGGGCUGUCAAACUCCGGCCCACAGGCUGGAUGCGUCACAUGCUGGCCACGCCCAUGCCCGAUUUAGCAAAGGGGAGAAAAGUCUCAAUAUGUCACGUGACGCCGUGACGUGCGUUUGACACCCCUGCUUUAGAGGCUGCAUUCCUCACACGUAGAACAUGAAGGUACAAACCCAACCCCCUAAUUGGAAGUUGAAGGAACUAAAAUGUGUACAGCUGCAGUUUGAAAAGAUCGGUGCUUUUCAUUUUGGGAUUUCUUCCUGGGUUACUGAAAGAGAUCCAGGCUUAAAAGGGAAACAUCUGAUAAUGGAAAGUGGCUUUCUCUCCAUUUGCUCAGCUCUCGGAAGUGGUCUGAGAGGUUUGCCAGGAAGAAAUCAGGGAAUCUGGUGGUGAAGAGUAUCCCUCCAUCGAAGAGUCUAUUGAAGGAUGGGGAAUGCUGGUUUCACCAAAUGUCUCUAGGGCUUUAAACUUGUUGAUUCGAGAGGUGAACUGCUGUUUUUAUACUUUUAUAUGUGCCAAAAUCACUAGGACAUUUUUCCAACUAGCAAUAGAAUUGGAGAAAGGUUUUCAAUUGUUUGUAAUCACGAUAGUUUAGAUUAAGGUUUAAAGUGUUACUUUAGCUUUUCUUGGUGUUGUGGUCUGUAUGUAAAUGCAGUUUUACUGCAGAAGAGUCAACUUCGAAGAUUGCUCCUCAUGAGGAAAUCCUUAAAUUUGAUUAAAGGGUUUUUCAGAAAUGUACACAGGUCUUUUUUUGAAUCAUUGCCCCAAUGUGUACAGUGAACAUUCAGAUCCAGGUGAACAUGAGAGAGACAAGGGAACAGCACGGAGUUACAUUUUUCUCAGAAACCAAACAAAUAGUAUUGUACAAUUUAAGUGUACCAGUUUAAAUUCUCUGCAUAUGGGAAAUAAAGUCUUGUGAUUUUCAUGAUAGCGUUUCACAUGUA